AUUCUUGAGAGGAUUUGCAUAAUGCUGCCCCUGCGCUGGAGUUUGCUGAAGCCGCUCCAGGAUGGCCUCCGACAGAGUCGCCGCCACCUGGCGCAGAAGAACCUCCUGGAGCUCACGGAUCGGGGCUUUUUCCAGGGCAUUUUCCCCGACACAGCGGCGCCCAAGAUGAAGCAGCUCUUCACCAGCGGCCAGCAGAGCAUCUACGCAGGAUUCGAUCCCACCGCCGACAGCCUGCACGUGGGCAAUCUGCUGGUGAUCAUGGGCCUCAUCCACUGCCAGAGAGCCGGUCAUCGGCCCAUUGCCCUCGUGGGCGGAGCCACCGGGCUCAUCGGGGAUCCCAGUGGCCGCAAGACGGAGCGCAACCAACUGGGCGAGUCUGUGAUCGAAACCAAUCUGAAGGCCAUCGAGCAGCAGCUCAGAAGGGUGUUUGAGAACCACGAGAACUGCCUGUGGGACACGAGCAAACACAAAUCUCCACUGGCUCCGCUAACAAUCGUGAACAAUGCCGACUGGUACGCCGACCUGCAGCUCAUCGACUUUGUGGCCAACAUGGGCCGGCACUUCCGCAUGGGCUCCAUGCUCUCCAGGUCCUCGGUGCAGUCGCGCCUGGAGUCGGAGGACGGGAUGAGCUUCACCGAGUUCACCUACCAGAUCUUCCAGGCCUACGACUGGCUGCACCUGCUGCGCCGCCACAACUGCUGCUUCCAAAUGGGCGGCUCCGAUCAGACGGGCAAUCUGAUGACAGGCCACGAGCUCAUCAGUCGCGUGGAGCGGAAGCGAGAGGUCUUCGGCUUAACUCUGCCCCUGGUGACCACGCAGGAGGGCGACAAGUUCGGCAAGUCGGCGGGCAAUGCCGUUUGGCUGGACGGGAACAAGACCUCGCCCUUCGCUCUCUACCAGUUCUUCCUGCGCAUGCCAGACUCCGAGGUGGAGAAGCUCUUGAGGCUGUUUACCUUCAUCCCGAUGCCCCAGGUGGAGCAGCUGAUGCGGGAGCACGCCAGGGAGCCGGAGAAGCGGAAGGCGCAGACUCUGCUGGCCGAGGAUGUGACGCUGCUGGUUCACGGAGAAAGUGGCCUCAAGCAGGCGGAACGCGUGACCAAUGCCCUGUACAAGGGCAAUGUGGAGGGCCUGGCGGAGCUCAACCUGGCCGAGAUCCAGCAGACCUUCCAGGGCGCCACCAUGGUGGACCUGCUGACCGAGCCCGGCAUGUCCAUCCUGGAGUUGGCCAUGAAGGCCAAAUGCUUUCCCACCGAGACCGAUGCCGUGCGCAUUAUAAACGCAGGCGGCUUCUAUGUGAACCAGAAGCGGGUGCAGAACAUCGCCGAGGUGCUCACCACGGGCAUCCACAUCCUGAGGAAUGGGGUUUCCCUGCUGCGCGUGGGCAAACGCAACUUCUACAUCGUCCGCUGGCAGUAGCGAUAAUUGUAACUUGUAUUUUUCGUUAAAUAAUCAUAGGUUGGCUUACAUACAA